AUGAGCAAUAUAAAGCUAGGCGUUGAAGUCACUAGCGCACAUGGUUUGUUUCACAGAGACAAACAAAACUCAUGUAGCCCUUUCGUGGAGCUCAAGUUCGACAGCCAGAUAUUCCGGACCACGACCAAACCAAACGACUCAAAUCCGGUCUGGAACGAGUGUUUCUACUUUGUUGUCUCCGAUCCUUCAGCCCUCUCCAACCGUACACUCGAAGCCCAUGUCUACAGCUACCAGAACGAGUCCGAAGCUAAACCUUUUCUUGGUAAAGUUCGAGUCAACGGAACAUCAUUCGUUCCUCGUUCCGAAGCAGCUCCUUUCAACUACCCUCUAGAGAAACGAAGUGUUUUCUCUAGAGCUCGUGGAGAGCUUGGCUUGAGAGUCUUCAUUACAGACGACCCAUCUAUUACACCUUCUGUCCCAACCCCGGUCCAAGAAUCGCCUCGAGUUUAUACCCCGAGUCCGCGGAAAGAACCUGUAAAGUCUAUAAUCACAGCUAUUGCUAAUAUAGCCUCUCCUGAUGAGAGAACAGAGCUUAAGCCUAAGACACGUACGUUUUACAACGCUACACCUUCAGUGAGCCAAGUUCCGACAACGAAUUUUGGCGUUCACGAGAUGCGAGCUGCGCCAAUGCCUCCAAGAGUGGUUCAAUUCAACGGUCCAGGUCCAUCUUCUCACCAGCUACCACCAGAUUUCUCUGUUAAAGAGACGAGUCCUGUUCUCGGUGGUGGUCAGGUCAUUGGAGGACGAGUGGUUCGUGGUUCUAAGAGACCAGCAAGUGGCACUUAUGAUCUCGUUGAAGAGAUGAAAUUCCUCUUCGUGAGAGUCGUGAAAGCGCGUGAUCUUCCCACUAGAGACCUUACGGGAAGUCUAGACCCGUAUGUCGAAGUAAAGAUCGGAAACUUCAAAGGCGUUACCACCCAUUUCGUCAAGCAUUCAGAUCCGGAGUGGAACCAAGUCUUUGCCUUUGCUAGAGAUAAUCUUCAGUCGAGCGUUCUUGAAAUUGUGGUGAAGGAUAAAGACGUUCUCCUUGAUGAUUAUGUUGGAACUGUUCGAUUCGAUCUCCAUGAGGUUCGGUUUCGUGCUCCUCUGGAUAGUCCUUUAGCUCCCGAGUGGUAUAGAUUAGAGAACAAGAAAAGAGAGAAGAAAGAUUGUGAGAUAAUGCUUGCUGUUUGGGAAGGAACUCAAGCCGAUGAAGCUUUCGGCGAUGCGAUUUUCUCGGAUUCUUUAACAUCUUCAGACAGCUCGGACAUUAUAUCCGCUAACUUGCGCUCGAAGGUGUACCAUUCUCCUAGACUAUGGUACCUAAGGGUCAAAAUUAUAGAGGCUCAAGAUGUUAUCAUUGUCGGUGACAAAUCUCGUCUUCCCGAGGCAUUUGUGAGAAUCAAAGUUGGUAAUCAAAUGUUCAAGACUAAUGUUUCGCAGCGAACGAUUCAUCCGAAAUGGGGACAAGAAUUCAUGUUUGUAGUUGCAGAGCCUUUUGAGGACAGCAUGGUUAUCUCAGUGGAAGACCACUCUGCUCCUAACAAAGACGAGCCUGUAGGAAAAGCUGUGAUUCCUCUGUCUGCAGUUACUAAACGUAUGGAUGAUAAAGUUUUUCGUCCACAAUGGGUUCAUCUCGAAGACUCGAUCGCAGAUGCAAUGGAUGCUGAAAAAGCAAAGAAAGUGAAAUUCGCUACGAGGCUCCAUUUGGCUGCGGUUCUUGAUGGUGGCUACCAUGUUCUUGAUGAGUCCACGUAUUACAGUAGCGAUCUCAGACCAACGGCUAAACCGCUCUGGAAAUCAGAAAUCGGAGUCUUGGAGCUCGGGAUACUUAACGCAAACGUGUUCCACACGACGAAAAAUCGGGACGGGAAAGGUACAUCGGACACAUAUGUUGUUGCUAAAUAUGGUCAGAAAUGGGUUAGGUCUAGAACCGUAAUCAGUAGCUUGAGUCCCAAGUACAACGAGCAAUACACAUGGGAGGUUUUUGAUCCUGCAACGGUUUUAACCAUCUGCGUCUUCGACAACGCGCAUUUCACAGCUGGAAACGGUAACAGCGGCAGAGAUCAGGCGAUUGGGAAAGUCCGCAUUAGAAUCUCGACGCUUCAGACAGGUCGUGUCUACACACACACUUACCCUUUACUUGUUCUACAACCUUCUGGUCUUAAGAAAAGAGGCGAGAUUCACUUAGCCAUGAGAUUCACCUGCACGUCUCUCUCCGGUAUGAUGAUGAAAUACACCAAACCUCUCUUGCCUAAAAUGCAUUACAUACAUGCAAUACCCGUAAACCAACAGGAUUUUCUUAGGGGACAGGCUUUACACAUAGUGGUGGCUCGGUUAGGCCGGUCCGAGCCACCGCUUAGAAGGGAAGUUGUUGAGUAUAUGACAGAUUCUAAGAGUCAUUUGUUCAGCAUGAGACGAAGCAAAGCCAACUUCUAUAGGUUUACGACAGUGUUUUCCGGGGUGGUCUCGGUCUGGAAAUGGAUGGAACACGUGUGCACGUGGAAGACUCCGGUGACGACGGGUCUGGUCCACGUGUUGUACACGAUGCUUGUGAUGUUCCCGGAGAUGAUUUUGCCGACUGUGUUUCUGUAUAUGGCAGUGAUUGGGUUGUGGAAUUACAGAUUUAAGCCAAGAUUUCCUCCUCAUAUGGACACCAAAUUAUCUUUUGCAGAGAGUGUGAAUCCUGAUGAACUCGACGAAGAGUUCGAUAUGUUCCCGACCGUAAGGGCUCCGGACGUUGUGAAAAUGAGGUACGACCGGCUAAGAAUUGUUGCCGGGAAGAUACAAAAGGUGGUCGGAGAAAUAGCAGCACAGGGAGAGCGCGUGCAAGCGCUUCUGAGCUGGCGUGAUCCACGCGCCACCGCAAUAUUCGUGACGUUCUGUUUCAUCAUUGCCAUGGCUCUCUACAUUACGCCUUUUAAACUCGUGGCUCUCCUCUCCGGUUACCACUUCAUGCGACACCCUAAGCUUCGCCACCGUAUCCCUUCAGUCCCAUUCAACUUUUUCCGGCGACUUCCGAGCAUGGACGACUCUAUGCUCUGA